AUGGAACCAAAGACUGAUAUGGUGUUGGUAGUGAUCUUUCUCAGCAUCGUGACCCUGAUCACUGCCUUAAUGAACAGUGCAGUCAUAUUGACGAUCAUUAACACAAAAAAACUCCACCUGCCCGCAAACUACCUGAUCUGUCUGGCUGUCACUGACUUCCUGGUGGCCAUCUUGGUGAUGCCCCUUAGCGUCAUCUACAUCGCCAAAAAGAAGUGGCUGCUGGGAUGUGUCGUCUGUGAGGCAUGGCUGAGCGUGGACAUGACCUGCUGCACCUGCUCCAUCCUGCAUCUGUGUGCCAUCGCACUGGACCGCCACUGGGCCACCAACGCCACCAACGCCCUGGAGUACGCCUGCAAGAGAACCCCGCACCACGUUGCCAUCAUGGUUACCAUCACGUGGACCAUCUCUGUCCUCAUUUCAGUGCCGCCUCUGUUAUGGAGGCACAGCGGAGAUGACAACUUCGGCAAUUACACCAAGUGUCUCAUCAAGCAUGACCACAUCGGCUACACCAUCUUUUCCACCACCUUCGGGGCCUUCUACAUCGCAAUGGCCAUCAUCCUCAUCCUCUACUACCAGAUCUUCAUUGCAGCCGGACCUUGUACCACAAAUAGAGCUCCUCGGAGAGCCAGCAGCCACAACUGCUUCAGCAGCUGCCGUGUCGAACCAACGUCUCUCUGUGCGUCUGAGCAGUCUGCCUCGGACCCCACGCUAAACACUGAGCUAAAUAUACUCAAAUAUGACCGGGGGUGA